AUGCGGGGCCUGUCAAGGACCUUUGUGGGGUUGCUGCCAGCCAAGGCCGACAAAAGGCUCCAGCCGCCCUUCCUGCUGCUUCCAAACCCACGGCCCCACCCUGACCCCGACCUCGGCUGCUCCAGGUCCUUCAUGGCUCAGGGUCCUGUGUGGUGCCAGGACCGCAAACCUCUGCCUCUCUCUAAGGUUGAAGAAGAAAUUGGUACUCUCAGGCAAGUUCUGGCAGCUAAAGAGAGGCACUGUGGAGAGCUGAAGAGGAAGCUGGGUCUGACUCCCUUGGAUGGGUUAAAGCAAAACCUGUCCAAAAGCUGGCACGAUGUCCAAGUCUCCAACGCUUAUGUGAAAACAUCUGAGAAACUUGGAGAGUGGAAUGACAAAGUGACACAGUCUGACUUAUAUCUUUCAGCCAGCAGCACACUGGAGGACUGGAAUGAAAAAUUAACUCAAUCAGAAGCUUACAAGAAGACCCAGGAAACCCUUUCCCAGGCGGGACAGAAGACUUCAGCAGCCCUUUCCAAUGUAGGUUCUGUUAUCAGCAGGAAGCUUGGUGACAUGAGGGCUCACUCCAUCUCGCAUUCCCUUAGCAGUUACUCCAUUCGCCACUCCAUAAGUAUGCCAGCCAUGAGGAAUUCUGCAACCUUCAAGUCCUUUGAAGAUAGAGUUGGGACCAUAAAGAACAGAGUGGUGGGCAGCAGGGAAAACAGCACUGAUGGCCUGCACUCCCCCUCGGGAGCUGGGGACAAGUCUCCACAAGACAACGCUCCUUUCUAGACCUGGAUGUGGCUUUGCACGGCUGUGCACAACUGGAAGAGCCCCCUCCCUCCCAAACCUUCACCACAGCAACAACAUGCCUAUCCAAGAAGGGGCUGAGAGCCAGUCAGGAGAGAUCCAUCCUUCAUUCAUAGACACUGCUGCUGGAUCCAAGUCAAAUAAAGAGAAUGCAAAGUUUUGUACACAAAUAAUAUUUUACACUAAAGUUUGUAGAUUAAAUGUAUCACUGCUGUCCUUU